AUGCUGCCUCUCAAGCCCCAGCCAGAAGGCGGUGGCGCCUCGCAGCGAGCCCUGCAACAUGGGCCGAUAGCGAAUAGGCACUGCACGGACGUGCCGUGCUGCUGCCUUUUUCUUGGACAUGCAGCUUCCUUUUGGUUCCUUGUGUCACAAGGCUUCCAGCAAGGCCACGUUCAGCAGCUCUACUUGCCUCGAGACUUCCGGGGCGCGUUCUGCGGCCUUUCAGAUGGAGGCCCAAGUGUCGGUGCCAGCGUCGUGGCGUUCCCGAAGUUGUCUUUCACCAUGAGCCCUUCGGAGACGUUCGACAAGAUGGCCGUGGAGAUGCUAUGCUCCGCGGGUCGUGACAUGCUGGAUCCGCCCGAGCUCGCGCAGUAUUGUGACGGAGGCUCUUCGUUUAGUGUGGCCUCCGAUGCCUUGGCGGCUUUGCAGAGCAGCCUUGCCGAUCCCUCGAAAGCACUAAGCCAGCUCGCUGGCAACGGCAUCUUCCCAACACCCACCACCGUUCUGAGCCAGGCCACCAGCUACCUUACGCCGGCAUCUGGGCUAAGUCUAA